AUCGUGCCCCUGGAGCAGCACCAGCGCGUCGUGGGCGGGCACGCGGUGCACAACGGGGCGAUGCCCUGGACCGUCCUGCUGAAGAGCGCCGAGGGCGGUGUGGUGGACGGCACGCUGAUCGACCACCACUGGGUCCUGACCAGCGGGCACGCCCUGCAAGCCCUCAACCUGAGCGCUGCCCAGCUGGUGGCGACCCUGCAGGUCUACCUGGGGGUGGAGGACGCCCGGGAGCUCGACGCCAGCCACCUGGCCCACGUCGAGGAGGUGCACUACCACCCUCGGGCCAAGGACGCCUACGUCUACCGCAACGACCUGGCGUUGGUCAAGCUCAAGGAGGACGUCAAGUACUCCAACCACAUCAUGCCCAUCUGCCUGCCAGCCCGGGACUACGCCAGCGAGGUGGGCAGGGUGGGCUACGUUGGGGGUUGGGGGGAGGGGGCCGAACACGCCGCCACCAGCCACCUCAACUACGUGGCGCUCCACGUGGCCAACGACAGCGCGUGCCACGCGUUCUUCGACGCCCACCACCCGGGCCUGUUCCCGCCCGACGCCCCCGAGCAGUUCUGCACUGAGCAGGAGGGCGCGGGCCACAACGUCUGCCCCGGCGAUCACGGCGCCGCCCUGGCGGUGGACGACGGCGGCGUCUUCUACGCGGCCGGCGUGCUAUCCCACGACCAGGGCUGCGCCAGCGAGGGCUACGCCAUCUUCGCCGACGUGCACCCGUUCCGGGAGUGGAUCAACGGGGUCACGCACCCGGCGCCCGCCGCCCCCCACGCCCGCUGACGCCCGUCGGCUCCCCCUCCCCCCACCCCGCUCACCCCAACUCUCGUCGUUGCCCUCUAACGCCCGUCGGCUCCCCGCUCACCCAACUCUCGUCGUUGCCCUCUAACGCCCAUCGACUCCCCGCUCACCCAACUCUCGUCGUUGCCCUCUAACGCCCGUCGGCUCCCCG